AUGGAGUGUACUGUACAAAAUUUAGAGUAUGCAGUUAAUGUAUUUUACAAUGGUGAACAAAAUGAACGAGCGAAAGCACAUACCUGGUUAGCUGAAGCACAAAAACUUCCAGAAGCUUGGAAUUUUGUAUGGGAACUACUACAACCUACAAAGGGCACUGAAGUUCAAUUUUAUGCAGCAACCACUUUGCAUACAAAAAUUUUAAGAUGUUGGCUGGAGCUCCCCCCAGAAACACAUGAAGAACUUAAAAAUAAAAUAUUACAAUCAGUUAUAACAUAUGCAAAUGGACCAAAAAUUGUUACAAACCGAUUAUGUACAAGUCUGGCAGCAUUCAUCUUACAACAAGGAACAGUGGACUUAGCACCAAUUCUAAGUCCUUUGUCAACAGUAGCAAAUUCGUCUUUGCUUCUCGAGGUUCUUACAGUACUACCAGAAGAAUACAACAGUAUGACAAUGGGAGAGGUGUUGCGGAAAAAAAAUCGUGCUGCUUUGCACCAGGCAUCACCCAUGGUUAUAGAUGAUAUGCUUAAAAUUUUUCAAAGUGUUUACAAUGAUUAUAGUACUGGUCCACCAAGCGAUGACAUCAUGAAUUCUUGGGCAAUAGCAGCAGGCUGUGUCACAAGCUGGCUGUCGCUUGGUAGUGAAUAUUCAAUAGAGUCACCUUUAACAUUGCCUGAUAGAAUGCCAAUUAUGAGAGCUUUGCAAGCCGCUGUUCACAUUUUAUAUAGGACUAAUGAUGUAGUGAGUGGUGUGGCAUUAGAAGCAUGUGAAGCUUGCUUGUCUGCUAUACGAAUAGCAGCCACUCAUGGUUGCAGUUAUAAUCAACAUCCAACAACUUCAGCUCAAAUACUCGAUGAUGUUUCUUCACUUGUUGCACCAGUGAUUGCUGCUCAUAAUGUACCUGACUCAGUAAAUGAGGAGCUAGUAUGCGCAAUGAUUACUUGUUGCGUUUCUGUUGCGGAAUGUCAUGUUACAACAUUGUACAAGAGUGUGGUAGCUUCUUCAGGGAUACACUUGAUGUUGAGGGUGCUGCUGGACGUACAAGCGGCUCCAGGUUACUAUCCACUUCACGAAACAAGAUCCAACCUGAUGUUUGGCUUCUGGUACACACUGCAGGACGAGAUACUCAACCAUCCAGACCCAAUGAAUAAUAUGAACCCAAUAUGGAAAGAAAUAUUUACCCAGGUACUGUUGGCUCUCAUGACUAAGUCGGAGAUGCCACCUGAAUCAGAAAUGACCAAAGAUGACCAAGAACUCCUGCGGUGUUAUAGACAGGAUAUUGCAGAUGCAGUAAUGUAUUGCUUUACCUUCAUCGGGCCCCGUUGUUGGAGCAUAGUGGCGAGAUCGUUUGAGACUGCUGAAAAAGACUCGCGACGUGAAGCCGUGUUACACGUCUUGACUUCGAUGGCCGAUGUGGUGCAAAGUGCGCCCAUACCCACACCCCUGCCAAAUAUGUUACGACGCACUCUGCAUUUUAUUGCGCAGACGCACGACAAAAGGAUACUAGAAACUGCGCUAGAAUGUAUAGGAGCGUAUGCAAAUUGGAUAAACGCCAUCGACCAACAAGACGAAGUUUUUAGGAACAACGGAACCGAUGGCGGUCCCUUGAGCAUUCAGUGUGUACGCGCAGCGGGCACGGCACUCUCGCGCAACCCGGCUGCGGCCGCUUUGGCGCUGCGCCGCCUUUCUACAUAUUGCAGCAAAGCAGCGUCUGCGAUGGUUCACGAUAUUGUGCAAGCGGCUUUGAACCCCGAAGGCGUGUCAGACGCGUGGGUGCGCCGACAACUAACGUCAGCGGCGGGCGCCGCCUUAGCAGCUUGCGACUACUCGGUUGCUCUGCCGCUGUUACUCCAGAUAGCUGAACAUAUUGCCGCGGAUAUUUCAGUUCAGAUGCCCGAAGGCGGCUGUGUUGCAGCUGAUUGCGCUGCAGCACUGGUCAAUGCUCUCUCCACUCAAAAACCCCUUGCCCUUGAGUUUGUACGCGCCUUAAUGCCCUCCUUAGCAGCCCUAACUCGACAUCCAGUAUUGGCAGAGUCUAUGUUUCAAAUACUGAAGAACACGGUGACCACUCUCGGGAACGAAUGCAUUCCCUUGAUGGAUGGCAUAUCGCAGCUUAUUAUAGCUGGUUUUAACACUGAACCCACUGGCAGUGGUAUCGAUUUAGUAAAAUUGACUGUGGUAAUGGUUGACGAAUUCGAGCACACACAAGCGAUUCUAUCGACGUGCGUUUGCGCCGCGCUUAGGGCCUUUUUGCCGGACGAAACGGGAGCUGUUAAGACCACGCAUGCUGACCUUCCCGACUACGUGUUCUCGAUGUUACAACUGCUCACAAGGAAGAAGGCGAUUUACAUGGACUGGAUUGAACAUCUGAUACCGGAUCUCGUCCAAUACGCGUGCCAGUGUAUACGACAAUGGGAUCCCGAGAUGUCGCGUAACGCCAUCCGGUGGUUGAGUAUUCUCGCUCUGAACAGGCCAAACGCGAUAAGGCACUGCGGCGCUGAUAUCGUAUACAACGUACUACGGUGCAUCGGUGGCUUAGCGCCUCGAGUACAGGUUGAACCAUUCGCAAAUCUGCUGCUGUCCUUUAAUAGUGCUGAGUGGGGGCCAGGUCAGUUGGGCGUGUGGAUGCGACAGGCACUGAACCAGGACGGCUUCCCCACUCAUCAUGCCACCCCGGCGCAUAAACAAAAGUUCCUAAGCGUUAUUCUAAAAGAGAGAAAUCAUAAGCGACGCGUUCUGGUGGCAGUAACGGAGUUCUCGCUAAUAUGUCGUGGACUUGAGAAUACGGAAUACGCACGGAAUAGCAUCGCCGCUAAAGAAAUGUUCUUCUAG